AUGAAGCCAGACGUCCUCGCCGUUCAGGUCACUUCUAACAAGGAAGGAAAGCCCCCCUCCGCUGUCUAUUCGCUUCCUCCUGAGAUCUUGGCGGAGAUAUUCAUCGCCUGUGUACCGUCUGUGCGGGAGGAGAUACAUCGAAGGCGAAUCGAUUACGACUCGGCUCCGUGGGUCCUCGUUCGUGUGUGUCGGCGCUGGAGGCACGUCGCGUUGGAGACUCCGCCCCUCUGGUCACAGAUUGUCAUCCAUGAAGGCAACCCUCCGAUGCCCCUGCAGUACGAGCGCGGCGGAUACUAUUCGACGCAGGCCUCGCGUGAAGCGCUGACGACUCUAAACCCACUCCCAGCCCUGCAAUUCCUGGCCGAGAGGGGGACCCGGUUCCGCAUCCGAGCGCGGUUCAGCCCCGAUCGAUGGCCUGCGCAGGCCUUCUUGCACGAUGGCCAGAGGGCAGUGUUCGACGCCGUAUGCGGAUUAUUCUCGCGCUGGGGCGACGUGUCCCUCGAAAUAUGCCCAGAGCUGGUCUAUCGCCUGCUCGAACUGCGCGGCCCGGCUCCACUUCUCACGAGACUGCAUCUUCGCAUUGAGGAUCUGAUGGACGAUGACGUCGACGAGGCUGCAGCCCGGACGGAGCGCGAGAUCGCCCGGGUUUUCGAGCCCGCUACGGCGCUCCGGAAUUUGAGUGUUUUGUGCUGGACGAUCUACCCGCCGAUUGGAAUCGCACACGGGCACCGCCUGACGCGCUACCAAGCCCAGGGAACUUGGAAGCAACAUGAGCCGAUCGUGCAGCUCCUCAUCAACGUGGUCGAGCUGUCGUUGGAUGUGACUGAGCCGCCGAUGGAUCCGCCGCACACUGUCAUCUUUCUUCCAAAGUUGAAACGCCUGCACCUCUCGACUUGGGCGUGCCUCGACCACAUCACUACACCGGCUCUGGCGGCGCUUUCUCUCGGACACAACUACUCGCCUGCUGACGCACCGCAACUGUUAUCGCUCGUCGCGCGGUCUGAGUGUUCGGAAUCACUGCACUCCGUCUCGACCUCUUUCCCAAGUCUCAACGACAUGGAAGUGCUCGCCUGCCUCCCGCACGUCACGCACCUCGGCUUCGUCUUCCCCAAAGUUGACAUCGGUUUCAUCCUCCCUACCUGCCGGUUCCUGCACGUCCGAGAAGCAGAUGCGGCGGGGCCCGUAUUGCCAGCCAUGACUUCACUCCUCGUGAGCUGGCCGUACGAUGCGGUCCAUGCUCCCAUCAUCGCAGCAAUCGAGUCAAGGUGGCGCUCGCCGCACUGUCAUCUCCGAAGCGUCGUGCUGCUUUAUACCGCCGAACGCGCCAUGCCCGACGAAGUACGGGAGGCUCUGGAGACUUUGCGCUCAGAGGGGCUCGAUUUGCGGCUGAUUUUCGGGGAGAGUGCUCGUGAAAUGACGCUACAGUUGGCCUUUAUCGAAGUGUUCCCGUAG